GUCACAUCCAGGGCCGGUGGGCGGGGACUGGGUGCAUUGUUGAUGUCCAGGAAGGUGUCCUGGUUUUCGCUGAUAGCUGAUUUCUGUGGGUGCAGCCGGGGUGCGCGCUCAUUGGCCGGCAGAUGCUGAACACACACUAUGGGAUCUGCAACAUCUUCUCACAAUGGUCACUCAAAAGCCAUGAAGCAGGCUAAUAAAACAGAUGUUGCUGAAGAAGAUGAUUUGUUGAAUGAAGUGGACAGAGAGCAAGACAUUGCUCAGUUUCCAUAUGUUGAGUUUACCGGAAGGGAUAGCAUUACGUGCCCGUCUUGCCAGGGGACUGGAUGUAUUCCCACAGAGCAAGUCAAUGAGUUGGUUGCAUUAAUCCCAUAUAGUGACCAGAGGCUACGGCCACAGAGAACAAAAUUGUACGUUGUCCUGUCCGUGCUUCUUUGCCUUUUGAUAUGUGGCCUGGUUCUGUUUUUCUUGUUUCCCCGAUCAAUAAUGGUGCAAGAUGGUGGAAUCAAAAUGGUAACCGUUUGGUUUGACAAAGAAAAUAAAGUUGUAACUAUCGCUAUGACGAGUGCUAUGUCUAUAAAGAAUUCCAACUUUUAUGCAAUAUCUGUCACCAAUCUAAUCAGCCAAGUGCAAUACAUGAAUACUGUGAUUGGAACGGAGCAGCUGACCAAUGUUACUCUCAUACCACCACUCAGUGAUAAAAUGGUUAAUGUCACGGUCAAGUUGGAAUUGGGUGGGACUCUCUCCUAUUUUUAUGACUUUUGCACCUUGACCACUGUGAAAGUUCACAACAUUGUCGUUUUUAUGCGAACAUCUUUGAAAUUUUCCUAUAUUGGGCACUUGUCUCAAAGUUCCUUGGAAACCUAUCAAUAUAUUGAUUGUGGAGCAAAUUCAACAAUACCUAGAGAUCACUCAAUAAAUUAACAAUAGACCUAAUACCUGAUGUUUCCACUGUGAGACUUCUAUGGAAAGCAUUAUAUUCUUGUUACCACUGGAAUCUCGAGUCAUGUUUACAUAAAAAUAUACAAAAAUCUAAAUAAUUUCCCUAAUUAUGACAUUUUCUCUAUAAUCAUUUUGGGGGGCUUCAUACUUGCUUGAGCAGUUUUGUCCAAGAGUACAAGUGAAGCAGUAGUAUUUAAACAUGUUUAAAGGGACAUUUAAUUUCAGAACAAAUCUUCUGGGUCUGCUGCCUGGACACGGAAUUGGCUGUGAUCGCUCAGGAGGAGUUUAUCAUAC